CUCUUUUGAGGUGCCACGCUUUCUCUUAUUGUGCUCGAGGCUCUCCGGAGUCAUCGUUGCCCCGCCUUGCAUGUGACGUGUCACGUAUGUGGUUUGACGCCCUGCUGCUGAGGACAGGCUGCCAUGGCUGCAAUGGCGAAUUCCAACGAACAGCGACGAGUAACGAAACGAUCUUCCAACGCCUGCGCGCGAUGCCGGAGGCAGAAGAUCAAAUGCUCGGGUCUGCAGCCCUGCGCGAACUGUAGCAAACGAAACCUCCGCUGCGUCUUUGAUGACCGGGAUAACAAGAUCAUGGUAACUCAAGGCUAUCUCCUUGACUUGGAGCAAAAAGUGGCGCGGCUGGAACGGGGCCAGGGCUUCGCCGCGCGCGCCUCUGAACCGCGACAUGGCGACCAGAAUGCUGCAGAACGAGUUGAGAGAAGCGUUUCACAGGACGGGCAGCCCCGGCGGGCUUCUCGACCCAGUCCUGGAGAAACUUGGGAGAGUUCCCCAAGGGGAGAUCGGGCGAACCUCGAAACUGCCGAGUUGACCAAUCCGCUAAUUGAGUCGCCAUCCAAGUUUAUGUCAUCAUCUACUGGAAGGUCGUUCUACCUUGGCACUUCGUCAAACUGGUCUUUCCACGGACAGCUUCUUAAUCUGGUUCACCAGCAUAUCCGCAGGACACCCCUUCCUGGUGCUGACUUGCUCUUCGAUGGCUCAGCGUAUCACCUUCCCUGGGACGGCUCUCGAAGCUUGCCAGACUCAAGCACCCCCAUCGUCCCAAGUAUCGACUACGCUAUGUUUUUGAUCAAUGCCGUCAAGUUCCAUUGCGCUCAGCUCGUGCACCUGUUUGAGGAGGAUGACUUCAUGGCCAACUUACAUGCAUUCUACUCCAAUACAGAGAAUGGAGCACGGAAGGGGAGCUUAUGGUACAUUCAAUUUCUGCUAAUCAUCGCGUUUGGGAAGACAUUUGUGCAGCGUAAGCAUCAUGAUUUCAGGCCUCCUGGUGCCGACUUUUUUGUCCACGCGCUCCAGCUUCUUCCGGACACCAACCGCCUUUGCCGAGAACCGUUUCUGGCGGCUGAGGUCUUGUGCUGCAUAGCACUUUACUUGCAAGCUUUGGACUCGCGAAACGCAGCGCAUGUAACAAUAGGUCAAGCCAUGCGCAUAGCACUAGCUCAAGGCAUGCACACAGACAUGCCGGUCGCUGACUUGGGAGAGCCACUUGUUCAGCGAUCUCGUAAGAUUUGGUGGACCGUCUAUAUCUUGGACCGGCAAAUGACUUCACUGAUGGGGCUACCUCAAUCGAUUCGGGACGACGAUAUCUCGUGUCAGCUCCCAAGAUUUUCUGGCUCAGCCCAGCGAGCUGCAGCGCUCAAGAUGCAGAUCAAACUCGCACGUAUAUACGCGGAAAUAGCCAGGACUGUGUAUGGGUCCAAAGGACGACUCCGCAAGAAGUUUGUCCUUAGUAUCAAGGCCGUGCUGGACGAUGUGGCUGCAAUUGCGGAAGAGCUACGAGACUCGUUCCCUUUACAUGGUGACGAGCGGGUUGGCGGCAUCUCAAGAAUGCCGGCGCAUCUGCACCUUCUCUACUACCAGACUAUCGUUGUCGCCACAAGGCCGUUGCUUUUCUGCUGCGUAAAGAAGGUCUUUGAAUCUCCGCGAGAGGUCGGGCCUUUGGUCUCCUCGCGCAAAAUCAGACCUUUAUUAAACAUGUCUCUGGAGGCUUCACAGAAGAUCCUGAACAUUCUAGAAAGCCUACAGGAUCAAGGUCUUCUAGAGACGUUUCUCCCAUGGGACCUUGACUCGCUCUUUGUAUCCACAAUGGUCCUUAUACUCACCCGAUUCGUUGAUGAGAGUCUAUUGGACAGCCGAUCUCCAUGGUUAGAUAAGGCUUUUGCCUUUCUUGAUACUAUGGUAUCGAGCGGGAACCGGAUCGCCGAAUUCCGGAUCGUCGAGCUACGCAAGCUAGAAGAGAUGCUAUCUGAAUAUUCCGCCACCCGAGGUCAGGAGAUAGGUGCGUCUACCAUAGACCAAUCGGGCUUGGAGCAUGGGCAACGGACGGCAGCACCACCAUUCCCAGCGGAUAUCCAUUCCACGGCAAACCUGCUUCCGUCGGAGGAUACUAUGGCGAUGUAUACCGGCCUCAGCGAUGAAAGCAGUGGAUUCGGCGAGGAUUUGACGGCGGAGCAAAUUCUUGCUGUCGCGGAGUCUAUGGACCUUGGAGGCACCGAUUGGCUGUCAUCUUUUGCGACCAUGGAUAAUUAUCAGAUGGUCGAUCCUCCUAAUAUGUAGGCCAAAUGAGUUCGCAUUCACGAAAUACCUGACCGUAUGGGAUCUGGA